CGUCGACGGGAGCAAAACACGAGCCGGCUGGGCGAGCAGGCAGAGCGGGACUGGACGGGAGCGUCAUGAAGGACUCCGGCGCCUCGGUGCUCUGGCGGAGCGCGUCCCUCGCCCUCUGGCUCCUGGCGGCGGCGGCGAGAGGUGAGCUCUGUGAAGUGAACCAGUGUCAGAACGGAGGGACUUGCCUUACUGGCGUCAGUGGAUCUCCUUUCUUCUGUAUCUGUGCCGAUGGCUUCACUGGGAUUGUUUGCAAUGAAACUGAGACAGGCCCCUGCAACCCAAAUCCCUGUGAGAAUGAGGGUGUGUGCCAGCUUGUCCCCAGUCGGGGAGAUGUCUUCGCCGAAUAUGUCUGCAAGUGCCCUUUGGGGUAUGAAGGCAAACACUGCCAGAACAAAUCUUCCUCCUUUUCAGCCUUAGACGUGAAUGAAUGCUUUUUGCAGCCGUGUCAGAAUGGAGGAGUCUGCUUGGAUUUGGAAGGAGACUAUGCCUGCAAAUGUACUUCGCCCUACUUGGGGAAAACCUGUAACGUCCGCUGUGCCAAUGCACUGGGCAUGGAGACAGGUGCCAUUGCAAACACCCAGGUCUUGGCUUCGUCUGUGCAUUAUGGGUUCCUGGGCCUGCAGCGCUGGGGCCCUGAGCUGGCUCGCCUGAACAACAAAGGGAUUGUGAAUGCCUGGACCUCGAGCAAUUACGACAGGAGCCCCUGGAUUCAGGUAAACCUGCUGAGGAAGAUGAGGCUUUCUGGCAUUACCACGCAAGGGGCCCGUCGCGUAGGCCGGGCAGAAUAUGUGCGAGCCUACAAAGUGUCCUACAGCCAGGAUGGACGUGAGUUUGUCUACUUCAAGGAUGAGAAACGAGAUCAUGAUAAGGUUUUUGAAGGCAACGCAAACAAUGAUGUCACGGUGACCAAUCUGUUUAAUCCGCCAAUCACAGCGCAAUACAUCCGCAUCUAUCCUGUGGUCUGCCGUAGGGCUUGCACGUUGCGCUUUGAGCUGAUUGGCUGCGAAAUGAAUGUGUAUUUCAACACGGCAGGUUGCUCGGAGCCCCUGGGCAUGAAAUCUUCCCUCAUCUCUGACGAGCAGAUCACAGCCUCCAGUGUUUACAAGACUUGGGGCAUUGAUGCUUUUACCUGGCAUCCGCACUAUGCCCGCCUUGACAAGACAGGCAAGACCAACGCCUGGUCUGCCCUUACCAAUGGGCUGGGAGAGUGGCUUCAGAUCGACCUUAAGAAAGAGAAGCAGGUGACCGGGGUCAUCACGCAGGGGGCUCGUGACUUCGGGCACAUUCAGUACGUGGCUGCCUACAAGGUGGCCUAUAGCAGUGAUGGCAAGUCCUGGACUCUUUACAGGAACAGCGGAACGAAUAGCACACAGAUAUUUGAAGGUAACUCCGACAACUACUCGCAUAAGAAGAAUGUGUUUGACGUGCCCUUCUAUGCCCGCUUUGUUCGCAUCCUCCCUGAAUCUUGGCACAACCGCAUCACGUUGCGUGUAGAGCUGCUGGGCUGCGAUGAGUAGGCCUUCCCUUGGCCCGGAACUGUGAAGUGGAGAGCCAGACUGAUGUUUUCUUGUCCUUUCCCUGGACCUGCAUGCUUGCUGUUGCAGCAUCUUUUCUGCCACGUUGUGCCCCAGGGAAGCGUUGACGCGACUUCUGUGCCGCGUGGGGCCAGGGCACGGGGAGCAUUGUCUGGCUGGGGUCAGAGCCAGCCGCUCUCAGAAACCAAGGGUCUUCUUGCUUCCCCUUUCCUUUUUUGUCCCUGCCUUCCUGGUUUUGCAUCUGUUUGCAAGCCCCACAUGAUGGCACCAAUACAGUUGUGGGGGGGCCACCCUCUUUACACCGCCAUGCUGUGAUCCCCUCACUUCCUGAGGCUCUCCAGCAAUGCACUUUAAGAGCUGCUCUGUGCAGUUGUCAGUCUUUCAUCGCGAGGAACUCUGGGAACUGUAGAGCUGGGAGCUGGGGCUCUUAAGCAGAGAGGUCUUGGCACCUUCAUAAAACCACAGCUCCCAGGAAGUCUUUGGAGGAAGCCAUGUUGCUGAAGCUGGUUUAAAAUGAAUACAUGUUUGUAGUCUAGAUGCAGCCUAGGAUGCAAAUGGAUCAGUGUGCACACUGUACUUUAAGCCGAAUGUUGUAGUAGUAAUCUUUUUGCCAUUGGCGCAGAUUUGCAUAGUUUUACAUGACUUAUUCUGUUAUCAGAAGGAGGAGCAAGAAGCUGUUCAGGACACCUAAAUAUCCCUCCCUUCUUUUCCCUCAUGAGACUUCACCAACUGUUGCAUGCCCACUUUCAAACUUGUUUUUCCUUCCUUAAGGCCUAGAAACUGGCUUUUUAACAGUGAAGACUGAAUUCUUCACAUUUGUGUUUGACGGGAUCCACACAGUCUCACUCAUGGCCCCCUUUCCCUUUGCUAAGGUUUCUCAAGAUACCAGAUAGUAGAGAUUCAGGGCGUGCCUGUUUUGGUUCACUUGGGAAUGGCCCCAGCCCACCUGUAGUCGGAAAAACAACUGCACUUCUGCCCACACGGCUUUGUUUUCUGCCACAGCAUCCUACAAAAGGGCCUCUUGGUCAGGCACGCCUAGUGCAUGGUGUAGAGCGUUGCGAUGCCAAAAUUGGGAAGAAAGGAUCAAUUUUGAAAAUAACAAUGCAGAAUGUCCCUUUGGCAGGGUGGGGGUGUGCACAUGGGGUGGGUAUACAGCUCAUCUUGCAGCCAGAGGAGCCUAACUGAAGGGGCUUCAGUGCAAUGGGGGGGGGGGCACACUGUCUGAGCUCUGGGCAAUUAACUCGGAACAAUGACAAAAAUAAAAGUCCUAGGAAAAGCCAGAGACUGUGGUGAUCAUGACUUCCCAGCAGGGAGCAGUGUGUGUAAACCUCUGUGGUAUUAAAAAUGCUUCAUGGGCUCUGUUUUUCCACUAUCUCAUUCUGCCCAUUUAACAGUAGAGCAGUUUGGUCAGCACAGGGUGGCUUCUUUCCAUGCUGUUUGGCCCAAGAGGGCAGAAGACUCCCCCUCCCCACGUAACAUGGCUCUCCAGUGAGGCAGCCAUGUGAAGAAAGGUGAUUCUCCCACAGUAUCUAACGGAUCUCUGUGAGCUAACAGGUUCUCCAUGCAGAACCCCAGUGUGUAUGCAAAAGUUGCCUGUCCCUGAACUGUGGUUAAGGAUUUGCAUGAAUGGGCCACAGCCCACCCACCCCAAAGCCUGCUUGCCUUGGACACAGAUUGCUGCUGCUGUGCUUAGCCAGAGAGUCAAGCUUUUUUAAAAACCCUAUGUUUAAUAUUAAGCCCUCAUUACUGUUAAGGUUAUGAGGAGCUGCGGUGGCUUA